AUGACCGUCUCAGAGCAGCUUCGCCACGAUUUAGAAGAUGCGGCCAACCGCAUGCGCAUCUCGUCGAUCGAGAUGACAUGUGCGAGCAAGAGUGGACAUCCAACGUCUUCUACCUCUGCUGCCGAGAUCAUGUCAACCCUCUUCUUCUCGGAGAUGAAGUACGAUGUCGCUGAGCCAAAGUCCGCAUCUGCUGAUCGUUUCAUUCUCUCCAAGGGACACGCUUGCCCAAUCCUCUAUGCUGCCUGGGAAGAGGCUGGUCUCUUGUCUCACGAGCAGGUUCUUUCCCUCCGUAAAAUCGACUCUGAUAUCGAAGGACAUCCGACUCCUCGUCUCAAUUUCAUCGAUGUUGCCACUGGCUCGCUUGGACAGGGUCUUGGAGUCGCCACCGGAAUGGCUUACGUUGGAAAGUACAUCGACAAGGCCAGCUACCGUGUCUUCUGUCUUUUGGGAGACGGAGAAUCUGCCGAGGGAUCAGUCUGGGAAGCUGCUGCUUUUGCUUCCAUCUACAAGCUUGAUAAUCUUGUUGCUAUCGUCGAUGUCAACAGAUUGGGACAAAGUCAGGCUACUUCUCUCGGUCACGAUGUUGAGACCUACAAGGCUAGAUUCGCUGCCUUCGGAUUCAAUGCUAUUAUUGUCGAUGGACACAACGUUGAGGAGCUUCUCGCCGCUUACGAGACUGCUCGUAAUACUAAAGGAAAGCCAACGGCUCUUAUUGCCAAGACAUUGAAAGGAAAAGGAAUCGAAGGAAUUGAAAAUGAGGACAACUGGCACGGAAAGCCAGUACCAGCCGAAACCAUCAAUGCAAUUAAAGCUCGAUUCCACGGAAGUCAGAAAGGAAAGCUCGUCGCUCAAAAACCAAUCAACGAUGCCCCAGCAAUUGAUCUCCACGUUGGGUCCAUUAAGAUGCCAACACCAGAAUACAAGAAGGGAGAUAAGGUGGCAACCAGAGCUGCGUAUGGAACUGCUCUCGCAAAACUUGGUGAUGUGAACCCACGCGUCAUUGGACUCGACGGAGACACCAAGAACUCAACAUUCUCUGAGAAACUUCUCAAGAAGCACCCUGAUCAGUUCAUCGAAUGCUUCAUUGCUGAGCAAAAUCUUGUCGGAGUUGCAGUCGGAGCUCAGUGCCGUGAUCGUACUAUCCCAUUCACCAGUACCUUUGCCGCUUUCUUCACUCGUGCCACUGAUCAAAUUCGUAUGGCAGCAGUCUCUUUCGCAAACCUUAAGUGCGUUGGUUCGCACGUCGGAGUCUCGAUCGGAGAAGACGGACCAAGUCAAAUGGCACUUGAGGAUCUCGCUAUCUUCCGUACCAUUCCAGGAGCUACCGUGUUUUAUCCAACUGACGCAGUAUCCGCUGAAAGAGCUACCGAGUUGGCUGCCAACACGAAGGGAGUCGUUUUCAUCCGUACUGGACGUCCAGCUCUCCCAGUUCUUUAUGACAACGAGGAGCCAUUCCAUAUUGGACAAGCCAAGGUUGUCAAGCAAUCUGCUGAAGACAAGAUUGUUCUUGUUGGAUCGGGAGUCACAUUGUACGAGUCAUUGAAGGCUGCUGAGGAAUUGGAGAAGGAAGGAAUUCACGCCACUGUGAUCGAUCCAUUCACCAUCAAGCCACUCGAUGGAAAGACGAUUGCUGAGCAUGCUCUCAGAGUUGGAGGACGUGUCGUCACCACCGAAGACCACUACGCCGCCGGAGGAAUUGGAGAGGCGGUAUCAGCCGCUCUUGCUGAUUACCCUACCAUUCGUGUUCGUUCGUUGUACGUCAAGGAGGUUCCACGUUCCGGACCACCAGAUGCUCUCGUUGACUUGUACGGAAUUUCGGCUCGUCAUAUUGUUGCCGCCGUCAAGAACUUCCAUUAA